CAAAAACUUUGUUCGUAGAAGUUAUUAAAAGGAGGAGGAGGAAACGCAGUUUAGUUUCGGCCUUUUGGUGCACAAUUUUUGUGAGCAGUUGUGCUGUUCCGUGACGAACAUUUAAAUUUGACAUGUGUCAUGAUGUGUGAUAUAAUCUUCGAGCAAGGAUUGCCAAAGUGUGAAGAGUGCUGCUGCGACGUUUAGCAGUGGGAUGAUAUAAUUAGUUGUAGUAAAUGAAGCUUGAUAUUUCUGUUUGGAAAGAGUUUAGAUAAAUAUAUAAUAACUUACACUCAACGGCGGACGACGAUAAAUCACACAGAGGUGCUUGCCAUCAUAUCUGACAGGCGUCCACCUGACAACUCCCCUCCCAGCACAUCCAACUCUCUGUGGUUUGAAGGCACACUCGACAGCACAAUGGCUUCGAAGUCCGAGUACAGUGGCAGAUGCCACGUGGCCGGUGAAGAUGUCAAACUGUGUCGUGCAGGCAUUGACGACUUGCCUGACGAGAUACUGGUAACGAUUUUCUCACACGUAUCUUUCAGUGACCUACUGGAUGUGGUACAGAAAGUGUGCCACCGUUGGAGAAGGCUGUCACAAGAGAUGGAGUUGUGGGCUGACAAGGAUUACCAUAUAGGGAUCCCGAGCCAUUGCAACUCGAAGAACUGUAAGGGUAGUGUGACAGAGCUGGAGGCAAUACAGAUCUUCCAAAAUGCCCCAAACCUGUGUAAAGUAUGCAUAUGGCACGAUGUCAGCCCCUGUCUCUUCCGUACGCUCUCUGAAAAAUGCCGAAGACUCAAAGAGCUGCGCUUGCGUAGCACGCAGAAGCCUAGCUACUCGCCGAGCAACCGGCGAGUGGUACGUGGCGGAGAACGGAGGUACGGAGCCGCCGGGCGGAUGCUGAAGAACUUGGUCGAGAAGUGCUCCAGUCUACAGAUGAUGCGGAUAUCGGACAAUCUGCUGAGAUCUGAGGAAUUUUCAGAGACAGUGUCACGGCUACGGAAUCUCCGUGUGAUGCGUCUGGACCACGACUGCACAGAGGGUACUUCUGCCUCGCAACCUUGUGUACUGCUGCGACCUUUGGCUGACGGAUGCCCACAACUGGCUGAGAUGGACUUUGGACGGUCGUUUGCGAAUAUUGACAAAUUGAGGUAUUUUCUGAAUGCCAAGAGUAAUACCCUCAAGUCGAUACGCAUAAAGUGGACGAUGGGUGGGACAAGGUCUAUCUCACCAUUGCUGACAGUCUGCGCCAACAGCUUAGAACGUGUGCAACUCUACGAGACCCACUUAGACCACACUGCAGUGACAGAGACGUUUACCGCCCUGGGAAGCUUGAAGAACUUGCAGGAACUUAUGAUAACACUCCCUGAUCAACUACUGCCUGGAACAGCUGCUCUAGCAUUUAAGAACGGAGGGCUGCCAAAGCUGAGAGUGCUACAUCUACAUAAUGGGUGCAAACUGGAUGAUGACGCAGUGAUUGCCAUCAGCCACGGGUGCCCUGCUUUGCGAGAGCUGUCUAUCAAAUAUGCUGAGAAUCUGUCUGAUACUGCCUUCUCUCAGAUCUACCAUCUGGAACAUCUUGAAAUACUGGAUUUAUCGUGUUGCAGAGGGCUUGGCGAAGCCCUGUUCCCCUCCCUAGUUGGGCUACCACGACUUAACAAGUUGCGAUUCGAAAACAUGGAUUUUGUGAAGUUGCAACCAGGUCUUAGCAGUAUCCUUGAAUUAUCGGGUUUGCACUGCCUGAUAUUUGAUUAUUGCCGUGUUACUGGAGUGCCGUUUGAUAAGUUUCCUGGAAAGCUUGUCAAUCUCAGGGAACUGGGAGUCGAAGGGUGUCGAGGUGACCCUAAAGCCGUGGAUGGCCUGACUGAGCAGAUUCCCAAUCUUAAAGUGCACGGUGUCGUUCAGGCUGUGGAAUCAGCUUUGUGCAUUACAAGUGACGAGAGUGAUGUGGAAUUUGCAGAGGAGAAUGCAGUGCCUGAAAAUGCGUAUGACACAAUGGAUGACCAUUCGGAAAGUGAUAGAGGCAGUGAUGGUGAUAUUAGCAAUAGCAGUGAUAGGAUGUGAGAUAGUAGUGUUUAAGAUGAAAGCAGUAUAUCAGUUUUCAUUCUAGAUGACAUAUAAAAGUGAUACGGUGUAUCUAUAGGGAAUUAUAAGUGUAAAUACUUGUUACAUCUCAUCUGGAACAUUGUAACUGGGCCAAAAUUUAAUACUCUGUCAUUACUAGAUUGUGUGUCAUUGUGGACUGCUAAAUGCUGUCAGACUACAAAUAAUUAAUUAUUUUUGGUAUUACGUAGCUAAACUAGUUUUGCUGUAAUGUCAUAUCAAGCAAAAACAGUUUUGAAGGAAGAUAAUUACAAAUAAUUUUGGAAAUGUGUGGAAAAAAUUUAAAUCAUGUACAAUAGCAUUGUUUGAAUUCCUGCUGUAAUGAUGUGCAAUAAUGUUUGAAUUCUUGUCGUAACAACAAUGGAUUUGCAGUGACACUUAUCUUUAAGUGAUAUAAUGUCAGCACUGGUGAGGUAGCAAUUCUUAAAUAGCAGUGGCAGGAUUAGCAUGUCUGAUUGUGAAAAACAAUUAAUUUAAAAUUGUUAUUAAAUGUUUGUUUUACCUGUUUGUCCCAAAGGUUUUAUUCUGGCAUAUGUUUUCACUUUUUAUUUGUAUUACAUGCAAAUUUUGUCAAAAUAAAAGUUCUUUUUUCAGUA